AUGCAUUGCACUGUCCUGCGAACACAACUGCUUCCUUGCGCCCUUAGGAGAUCUGUUAUCUUCUCGCGCGCCCACCACAGCGCAACAGGGAGAUUCAUCACCAUUAGCUCCCAAGGAACUCCAGUCACUCGUGAGAUUGAGCUUUCGUUAGGAGACCCAGGAUCUACUUAUGUCACGUUUGAUCCUGAGAUCAGCUGGGCUUUCAAGGCAGGGACCAUUCUACAGGGUAGUAGUUCCUCAACACAAGAUCAGGACUUGUAUCCGCUGAAGUUCUACCACGACACCCGACACUUCUCUCACGAAUCCUCACUAUACCCCCGCCUCGAGAUACCUGAAGAUCUUCCACGACAAUCGAACGCGAACAGUAGUUCAGCAACUCUUCAUACUUCUGGAGUAACUCAUGCCAUUACACUUGAUAAUACGCCAGAUGCACACUUUCAACAUAGCAUGAGAGAGUCAGCCCAGCGGCUGCAACCGGUCUUGGAUAAGCUCAAGGAUAUGUAG